AUGACGACGGUGAGCGAUGAUGAUGAUCAACGCGAGGGUUUGCUGAGAGAGAGAAGAACGUCUGAUCUUUUGGCGAGGUUGCUUCUCUCAGCUUAUGUUAAUGACGAAACAAUAGCGAUACGAGAAGAAGAAGAAGAAGAAGAGGAGGAGAUAAGUAGAGCAACAGAGCUCUCUCGCUUGCGCAAACGAAAGGUUGAUGCUUCUUCUCCAAGUUUCUCCACACUUGAGUCCAAGAGGCGUCUUGUGGUUCCCAACGAACCGACCAGAGCAGAACCGGUUAGAGAGAUAAAACCGGUCAUAAGAGUGCCGGUCAGAAGAGAGGCGGUUAGACAGCCGGUCAUAAGAGAGAGGGUGAAGCCGGAAUGGCUGGUUAACCUAAUGAGAGAAGAGAAUGGUGUGGAUGCGAAGCUCAUCAUUGAAAAGGAUCUUAGGAAGAGUGAUCUCGCGACAAACCUAACACGUCUCUUGAUUCCAUGGAACCAAAUGGCGGAGAUGGACUUCUUGACCGAGGCAGAGCAAAUAAUCAUAGAUGACCAUUUCAACAGGAGGCGCCUGACGGGAGUGGAUGUGAUCUUGGUGGAUUCUAAUGGUGGAAAAUGGAAUCUUAACCUCAGGAGAUGGGAUAUGAAGAGCAGUUCCAAUUACGUCUUGAUAACCGGUUGGAGGAAGGUCUGUCUCCAUAACAGGCUAAGGUUAAACCAGAGGAUUCACCUCUGGUCCUUCCGCUCCCGAGGCAGGCUCUAUUUUGCUCUCGUUCCUCCUGCUCAAGCUCCAGCCCCAGCUCCGGGUCCGGUUACGAUUCCAGCUCCGGCUAUGGCUCAAGAUCUGGAACCAGUUCUAGAUGCAGCUUCAUCUUCAGCUCAGGCUCCAGUUGUAACUAGAAACUCUGACGAGCUAUAUAUAGUUGACGCUAGUCUAGAGGUUGAUGAGGAGAGUCGCAGGAGGAUAUUUGUUGACUUUCCAAGAAGAAGGAGAGGCACUAGAGUUGAGGUCCCAGCUCCAGCUCCAACUAGAGACUCUAGCAACGUCGGCCAAAGCAUAGACGAGGAUUUAGAUUAUGUCAGUAGAUCUCCUGAAGUGGAUGAGGAGAUGGCUUCUAAUCUACUCAUGUUGGCUGCAGUGGCUGAGGCAGAUAUGAGAAUCAGAAGCACUCAAGUUCCUGUCCCAGCUCCUGCUCCAACUAGAGACUCUGGCAACAUCGGGCAAAGCAUAAACGAGGAUUUAGAUAAUGUGAAUAGAUCUUCUGGAGUGGGUUCUAAUAUGAGUCCGUUUAAUAUUUUAUGUGCCGUGGCAGAAGCAGAGUUGAAGAAGUUGGAAGGCCUGCGCCGGUUGAAUUAA